UUUCUUGGUAACCUGUCCUACCCAAGAAGCAAAAUGUUCUUCCUUCUCUCAUUUCUGAUUGUGGGAAUGAAGCUCCGCCUGAUAACAGGUUUAUUUACGGUGACGGUUCCCAAGGAACUGUAUAUAGCAGACUAUGGUAGCAAUGUGACAAUGGAGUGUAACUUUGACACUGGUGGACAAGUGGACAUUGACGCAUUAAGAGUCACUUGGGCAAAGGAUGAAAGGAAAAUUGUGAAUUUUUCUAGUAAACAGAAAGACCUGGAAAUUCAAAGUGAGCACAAUGAAAGAAGAAUGACGUUGUUAGAGGACCAGCUGUCCCUCAGGAAGGCCUUGCUUCACAUUAGGGAUGUACAAAUAAUGGAUGCUGGCCAGUACCACUGCCUACUUCUCUAUAGGGAUGCUGCUGACUACAAGUACGUCACUCUGCAAGUAAAAGCUUCCUACAAGACAAUAAAUACUCAAGUCAUCAGGGUCCCAGGAAGCAAUGAAAUGGAGUUUACCUGUCAGUCUAAAGGCUAUCCUCUGGCAGUGGUAUCCUGGCUAAACAUCAAUGAAUCUGUGAAUACCACCCACUCGAAGACCCCUGAGGGUCUCUAUAACAUCAUCAGUGUCCUGAGGCUAAAGGAAAACACCCAUAGGAACGUCAGCUGUGAGUUCUGGAAUGAAGCUGCCCAAGAAAGGACGUCUGCUAUUGUGAACCCUAUUUUAGGUAACCAUUGA